UGAAAUCAACAGUGGAUGACAGCCGCUCGUUGCGCCGCGCAGUAAAUAAACCAAGCUAAUUUCACCGAAAACAGGAAUAUCACUGGAUCAGCAUGUCAGAAAAACUCAUUUCCUACUCUGACAAGUACAACGAUGAAGAGUUCGAGUACAGGCAUGUCGUGCUUCCGAAGCAGCUGACUAAACUGGUGCCCUCCACCCACCUAAUGACAGAAGAGGAGUGGAGAGGACUGGGGGUCCAACAGAGCCAGGGCUGGAUUCACUACAUGAUCCACAAACCAGAGCCACACAUACUACUUUUCAGAAGGCCUCUCUCGAAGAAAUGAAUGGGAACC